AUGAGAUUACUGUCGACACUGAGUGCAGCGUGCCUCAUGGGCAACGCAGCCCACGCCAUCCAAUUGGACGUGGACAGCGAACAAUCGGUCAAGGACGCAGCGAGCACCAUCGCCUUUGGUCUCGUGAGCUUCUACACAGGCAACAACACGGGCGAUGUGCCCGGCAACCUCCCAGAUCCCUAUUUCUGGUGGACCGCGGGCGCCAUGUUCGGCACGCUUGUCGAUUAUUGGUUCCUCACGGGCGACGACACGUACAACGCGAUCACGACACAGGCCAUGGUGCACCAGGCCGGCGACGAGGCCGACUUUAUGCCCCUCAACCAGACACGCACCCUCGGCAACGACGACCAGGGCUUCUGGACGCUCUCCGCCAUGAUGGCCACCGAGGCCGGGUACCCGGACCCGCCCGCAGACCAGCCGCAGUGGCUGGCUCUCGUGCAGGCUUGCUUCAACCAGUGGGCGCAGCGUUGGAUCGAGGCGUCCGACUCGUGCGGCGGCGGGCUGCGGUGGCAGAUCUUCUCGUUCAACAACGGCUUCAACUACAAAAACUCCAUCUCCAACGGCUGCUUCUUCAACAUCGCCGCGCGGCUGGCGCGGUACACGGGCAAUCAGACGUACGCAGAGUGGGCGGAGCGCGUGUGGGACUGGGAGGUCAAGGCAGGGCUCAUCACGGACGACUUCAAGGUGUACGACGGUGUCACUGUCGUCGAGAACAGCCCCGACUGCCCCAAGAUUGACCAGAACCAGUGGUCCUACAACGCCGGCAUUUACCUGCACGGGGCCGCCGUCAUGCACAACGUGACGGGGGACGACAAGUGGCGCGCGCGCACGGUGGGACUCCUCGACGAGACGGAGAAGACAUUCUUCCAGAACGGCGUCAUGUUCGAGCAGCGGUGCGAGCCGUUCAAACAGUGCAACAUUGAUCAGAGCAGCUUCAAGGGCUACCUCGCGCGGUGGAUGGCGGGCACGGCGCAGGUCGUGCCGGACCUCUUUGACCGCAUCAUGGGCCUGCUGCGGCCCACGCGCAGAGCGCGGCGUCGGUCUGCGCUGUUGACUGUACGGAUGUGA